UUCAGGAUCACCUCGGGCGGAAGACUAUUUGCGAAGACCUACUACCCUUCCAAUCUCCUUCAGAUCCAACCUGGUACGCGCUUGCACCGCAGCUCGUGAGCUGAUGACUUUCUCCUUAGGGUGAUGAUGCGGGCUUUGCCUUCGGGUGCUUCCUAUGCCUGGACACCUGAGUACUACAGAGUACGGUCGCGUCGGUGGCUUGACAUCAGGUCACUUCGGCGACCCGACCCCAUGCUGCUUCGGCGGCGGUCUGUUUUUCCCCUCUUAUUUCCUUCUGGAGAUUCUCUACUUACAUACAUAUCUCCCACCUAUACUUUCUCUCGCAUAUGUAGAUGCCGAAAGGCUGAGUUUACUCGGCCGAUGGUGUCGGACGUGGUUCAUGUAACGUGCGUUGUAUGUGACUGGGCUACGCCCAGUCUAUCGAUUCAUCUGCGGAUACGAGUGAUUCGAACUUCGAACUCGACGCGUGACGUCAGUAAGCACGUGCGCGCUGAACUUACUUUGCGACACGCCUCAUGUUAUUGCUCGCGAACGCCUACAGCUAGUUGCAAAACGAUAGACGCCCCCUGCAAAGACGCUGUGGGGCCCGCGUGGCCGGUCCGAGCGCGCCUCCGCAUCAUCUGUACGCUCGGGUCACGGCGCCAGUGCCUUUCAGGGGCGCGUUACGCUGGCCGGGGGAGGCUGAAGGUAUAUACUAACCAGCAUGAAUCUUCCCUGAGCAAGUGCGACGAUCAGGCCUCUGUCUUUCAUGUCUCCGUAUACGAGCAGCGCGUCGGCGAGCGCCUGCUGCCCCCUUGCCGAGGCUCGGCGUGGCGCGCCUGGCGUCAUAUCUCGCGUGGGGAGCGGAGUGGGCGAGGGAGCGAGGGGCGUCUAUCGUUUUGCAACUAGCUGUAAGGGGCCCCCCCCGAGCUUGCGAGGGAGGGGAAAGGCGGAGCGAGCAAUGUUGUCUAUCACGUGUCUCGGUAGGGGCCUCUUUUCGCAGAG